AUCUGAAGAUAAAUUUAAGACAGUUUUAAAUAUAAGACCCGACUAUGAAUACCGGCCCUAGAGAAGCGACGACAGAUACGAUCGAUAGGAUAUCGGAAGCCGCCAUCUUGUUUUUCCAUGACAGUAGUCAUGUUCUUUUUAGCUGCAAUGUCGAACUGGUGUAAUAAGUUAGAGUGAGACAAAAUAUAUUUGUUUCACUCUAACUUAAUGCACCAGUUCAGCAGUGCAGCUAAAAAGAACAGACCAUAGGAGACGUCAAAACAGGUGAGCUGCUCUUGGAAACUGGCUUAUGGAUAAUAAAAAAAAAGGCAGGUUAGUACUAAAUGACGCGUGAAGCAUAGCCCACGGCCAUAUUGGAAUUGGCAGAAAAGUUAAUUAGGCUGUAACGAUGAUUAUUCAUCCGCAGACGGAAACAAAUAUGGCGAUGAAUCACGUAAUUGGUUCACCAAUCAGACGGUUUCCCUCAAUGUCGCUUCUCUAUUAUCUAGAACUCUAUAAUAUAUACUUCUUAUUAAGCCAUGCAAAGUUGCAACCUCCCUGUAACUACAAUGCAAUAUUCGGUGCUGUGAGGGUUCGAAUAUAUCAUUCCUCAGUUAGUAAAUUUUUAAAGAAACAAAAUUUUUUUUCUACAUAUAUAAAUUAUUCAAAUUUUUUAUUUCAUUUUUUAUAAAUAGUUAUAAUAAUAACAUUUCUUGAACAACAACUUUGUUUCUUAAUCAUUAUAUUCGUCUUCUUAUCGUUUGUACAUUUAUAUAAAGUGAUUAAUAAAAUGACUGAUAAAAUAAUGCACAUUAUCUAUAUAAUAGAAAGAUGUUGAUUCUCGUGCGCGGCAAUAGAGAAAAAAGCUUGAUGAGAAUGUAGAUGAAUCCAAAAAUACUUUAUAUCUUAAUUUCAGAGAAAACAAAAAAUAUAAAUCUCUCUAAGAAAACAAAAUAGACGAUAUACAUUAUGUAAUAGCAUAGCAUUUCUAAUAUUUCUUAAAAAUUGCGAAGGCUACACAUGCAUACCCGCACAUGUUUCGCAUCACAUCUCGCAACGGCGGCGGAUAGCUUAUAACUUUGUGAUGAAGUGUCUCCUUCGUGUUAAGAAUAUUAUAUACGAAUAUUAUUAAAAUAAUUCUUUAUAAUAUUUUAAGAAUAAGUCAUCAAAGAAGAAUAGUUAGAGUGAGUAUCUAGGAGCCUUAAUCAAAUAAUAAGGAAAGGAUUGUGACGAAACUCUCCCUCGUGAUAUUUUUCUCGCGUCGCUCUCGUCAGUCGAUUAUCGCGAAUCUAUUUCAUCCCUCACAGCGCAAGCCUGACGCUCGCUUUUCCUCACCCUCCGCCAGACGUCGCUGAAGAUCAUUAUUAUAUGGAUCGCGCGGAAGGUAGUUACCCUAGUCGACGUGACCCAGAUGGAAUCCGUCCUUAAUUCUCGCAGACAGUGGAGGAAAGCACGAGACACUGUCGGUCGACGCGGUCGAACGCGCAACCUACGGUCGUCGCGAAGGCUACACACAUCCACCCCGCGCAUAUUUCGCAUCACAUCUCGCAACGGCGGCGGAUAGCUUAUAACUUUGUGAUGAAGUGUCUCCUUCGUGCGACAGACGGAUGAGCUCGAACCGAGCCAUUUCUUCGGGAAAAGUCACUGAGGGCUAAAUCUGUGACGCGUAAAAGCUGAGGGGAAUUCGAGUGAUCAUGCAGAACUCGAAGGAGGAGAGUAUUAAUAUGCAGCUGAUCGCUUCGCAAAGUCCUUACAAGGAGAACAGUGAAGUCAUUGCGAGUGCAGUAAAUAAUACGGAAGUCGUGUUAUCCCCGACCGCAAAUACGGAAGAUUACGAUCCCCACAAGCACCGUAAUCGGCCGAAUCCCACUUCGAACGCCGAGACCCUAAUUCACUUACUGAAGGGUAGCUUGGGCACGGGGAUAUUAGCGAUGCCGAAUGCGUUUUGCAAUAGUGGUUUCCUGGUCGGCGUGAUAGCCACGAUUAUCAUAGGCGUGCUGUGCACCUACUGCUUGCAUAUACUCGUCAAAGCGCAGUAUAAACUGUGCAAGCGAUUGAGGGUUCCUAUACUGAGUUAUCCGCACAGUAUGAAAUAUGCGCUCGAGCUAGGUCCUCGAUGUGUGAGCUGGUUUGCGCCCUACGCACCAGGACUCGUAGACGGGUUUAUGGUAAUCUAUCAAUUGGGAAUUUGCUGUGUUUAUAUCGUAUUUGUAGCAACAAAUAUAAAACAGGUGGCAGACCAGUAUGGGGACUCUUUGGACGUUUCGACCCAUAUGCUCAUUUUAUUGCUACCGCUGAUUUUGAUAAACUAUAUUAGAAAUCUAAAGUUACUGGCGCCGUUUUCCACGCUGGCGAACCUUAUCACAUUUGUCGGCCUCGCCAUGACACUAGUAUACAUGUUCGAAGAACUACCGCCGAUCAGCGAGAGGGAAAUGUUCGGUACAUUGCGAAAUUUUUCCCUCUAUUUUGGAACGACGUUAUUCGCGUUAGAAGCCGUCGGCGUGAUUAUCGCACUGGAGAACAACAUGAAGACGCCACAGUACUUCGGCGGUUACUGCGGCGUGCUGAACAUUGGCAUGACUGUGAUCGUCAUUCUCUACAUAGCAAUGGGAUUUUUUGGCUACAUUAAAUAUGGAUCCAACGCCAAAGGAAGCGUCACUUUCAAUCUGCCGCAGGAGGAAGUUAUGGCACAGAGCAUUAAGAUAAUGUUCGCAAUUGCGAUAUUCAUAACGUACGCCCUGCAGGCCUACGUGCCAGUUGAGAUUCUGUGGAAUACCUACUUGGAGCAACGAAUACGAAAUCGUAAAUUAUUUUGGGAGUACGUGUGUCGAACCGUCGUUACCUUGGCCACGUUCGUAUUGGCGAUCGCCAUACCACGGCUCGGUCUAUUUAUUUCUCUCUUUGGUGCGCUCUGUCUAUCCGCUCUCGGCAUCGCUUUUCCGGCGAUAAUCGAGAUAUGCGUGCUUUGGCCGGACAACGAUUUUGGUCCUCUCAAGUUCAUGAUGAUCAAGAACAUCCUUCUCAUCAUAUUCGGUCUGGUAGGUCUCGUGGUAGGGACCUACGUCAGUAUUGUGGACAUAGUGAAUUCUUUCAAGUGAAUGUGCGCGUCCACAACAAGGAAAACAACAAAAAAAGGAAAUAGAAGAAUAGUGCGGAUAUUUCAGAAGAGAAUAUUAGUUGUUAAUAUGGGGUUGCGCGCGAAAGCGGCCAGCUUGUUGAAGAUCCUCCCCAUCCGAAGCUCUCGCCACCAGUUAGAUACUUUUACUGCGAUCAGUAGACUUUAGCGCGACAGUUGACCCAAGAAUAUCUUCGAAAUCUUGUGACAGCUUCCGGCAUAUGCGAUCCCCGGAGGUGCGAUCUGUGAUGAAAAGCUUUUUCUCGAAGCGUUCGCCGAUGUCCAUACGUGCGCGUGUACACGGGGGAAAAAAUACCGCUAUGCUAAUAGAAUUAAUCAGCUAUGAUAUGAUUAUACUUGUGACGUAUACGUAACUAUUUCUAGAAUAGUAGCCCUUAUUAAUUACCAGGGUUGGAAAAGUUACGUUUGAAAAGUAACGCCGUAUAUAUUUACGUCCUCGCUGCGCGUAAUUGUUGAUGAUUUUUUAUCAUCCGCUUUAGGUUAGCAUACUUUUCUUGCAAUCUAUUAUGCGCUGGUAGCGGACCGUUUACGUAUAUGUGUGUUUACGUAUAUGUAUAUAUGAACACGCAGCCAGCAUGGUUCCUGGUUUUUUUUAGUCGUUUGAAACGUGGAAAGCUGUACAUAUCGAAAAUGUGACGUCUAAAACUAGCUUUACAUACAAUAGUAUACGAAUAUCGCGUAGUAUAGACAUUCACAGAGAGUUUUCACAGGCGAUUUAUCGAAGGCGGGUUCUUGCUUAUAAAUUUCGGCGAUACGAGUACUUAGAAAACACGAGUACGGCCAAUAUUCAAAUUCUUCUUUCUCCUUAUAGAAUGGAUGUCGCAACGAUCGGCGCAUCAAUACGAAAGUUUGAAAUUCUUUUUGGAGGAGUUCAUUAUAUCGCUGAUGUCUGCCGGAACGAUGGAAGAAUAAGAUAAAAUUACGAGUGUCUCGACACGUAUAUGGAGAAAAAUAAUUUAGAGAGAACGAAUUUUAUGCUGUUGAAACAAAUAAAUGAAAAUACACAGUGUUUCUUGUAUAUUUUCUAAUAUUUCAGGAGUUAGUUUUUGAGGUCAUGUUAUGAAAAAAUGAAUAUAUGUUGAUACUUUUUUUUUUAAUGAUCUGAAAAAUCAACUCCUGAAAUAUUAGACGGAACUUAAAAAAUACUACCUAUAUUUAUUUAUUUGUUACGAUAGCAUAAAAAUUUGUUAUUUUUUAAAUUAUUAUUUUUGUGCUAACCAAAUUCUGGAUAUUCGUAAUGUUUUGGUUUUUAAAUAAUUAAAGAAUUUAUUAUUUAAAUUUUCUACAUUAUAUAUAUACACAUAUAUUAUCCUGUACAAAAAUUGAAUAUAAUAGGUACGUAUAUUUUUAUUCCGUGUUCUGUUUUUAAACAUUCAUAAUUAUACAUUGAAGCAAUAAGAAUGUCCAGAGUUGGAUACGUGUUGAGAUAUUUUUAGUAUUUUUUAUCUUGAAAUGCAAAUCCAAAUGUUGAAGAUAUGAUUCGAGCGCUUGUGUAUUUUGGCGAAGUAACUGUGAUCGAAACAUAUCACCAAAAAAUUGUGAUUUGCGUUACGAUGAUUGUCAUGACAUUCUCAUUGUGUGGGCUGCUUCUCAUUAUAUUAAUAUUGUUUUAUAUAAAAAAUCGUAAAAUUGUUUCGAAAAAUUUAUUUCCAACACUCGUCCGUCUUGGAGCUUUGUCGGAUAGAUUUGAAAAUUAUUUUGAUUUGAAUAUUCUGAACCUUUUAAAAGGGACAAUCUCCAAACGGGCGAUUUGUUCGAUUACUGUAAGUUUAACUCGAAGGAAAGUUGUUGUUCUCCCUCGAAUGAAACUUCGACCAUAAGUUUAGCGCGUUUCCGGUGUAGAGAGAAAAACAUCACGCGAGGGAGAAAACACGAAAGUGCUGACAGUGAAAGUAAUAUACGUAAAAAUAAUAAGUCACUAUUGUAAAAUGCGUUAAAAAAAAUGCGUUCCAUUUUCUACCGUCGAGACUGCAAUAUCCGCUCUCUAAACGCUGCAGAGUAAAUGAAAAUAUAUAGGCGAUAAAUGGUGAUAAGAAGAAUGCAUUCGAAAGUGGACUUUUGUGUAAUCACGAUAGAAUUGUGAUUGUGAGAUUAUCAAUUUAAAAGUAGCGGGCAUAAGAAUGUAUCAACUGACUAUAACUUAUGUACAGGACUUGUAUAAAGGGAAUUUUUGCAUGGAAGCGACAAUUUCAGGUAGUUUCUCAUUUUGAAGAAGUGAACUGUUCACGAAACGUCGGGAACAAAUCUAUGAAGGACGCGGUACUAAUUCGAUAGCUAAUUUAAAUAAAUUAGAAACAGAAUAUUGCCAUCAAUAUACAGGUCACUAUAACGGGUUGUCUAUUUUGAUAACUGUCAGUAAGUACGUAGUUCAGCUCAAAGGUGAACUCAGCAGAGACUUAUGCUGAUAUAUAUACUUGCAAUUUAAUUUGUACAUAUCCUUUCUUCUUCUCCAUGUAUUUUUCCUUGAAAAUAAUAAGUACGAACUGUUUUGCGGAAAAGUAUACCGUGUCCGAACAUGCGCACCUGCAAGCAAUACGAGGUGGCAAUUCGUGGUAUUGAUCUAUAUGUUGAUGCAAUACUUUGUACAUAGAAUGAGCAUUUCCACAAGAGCAUGCAUAUCGUGAUUGAAGACAGAGUUAGCCUGUACCAUAGAAAACCGAUCGGUACGUAACUUCUCUCUUAAAAUCCUUCUUUUCUUUCUAUGCAAAUGUGCAUGCUUAGAAACAUUAGAAGGGGAAUAUAACUAUCCUUUGGUUUUGUUUUGCGAGCUAUCAUAAGAAGAUGCAGUCCACGCGUAUAAGUCUAGCAAUCCGUUGAGAGAAAAAUACUAUAGGAAAAAAAAUCGAAAUGGUCGAAAGUUGUACUAAGAAUACAACGUAAAUCUCGAAAUGUAUGUAAAGGAAUUGUCAAAAUUCGUUCAGCUUUUCGUAACAAGUCACUUUCAUCGUGUUGUUUCUCUCGACAUUACAUAUGUUGUGCGAUUACUUUACAAAAUCGAUAUCGUUAUCCUUUUUCUUUCGACAAACAUUUCAUGCAUGUUCUCGUAAUUUAUGUAUUAUAGCUAGUAUUUUGUUCUUUUCUGUUUGCGUAGCCUCAUCUUGUUUUCUUCAUUCGCAUGUAAUUCCCCCCUCCCCUUAUU